CAGGAGAAAGAGAAGCCAUGGGAGGAAGGGGUGGCGACCCCCAAACAGGGCCGCUGCUGGAGAAGCUCCCGGAGUCCUCUCGCAGUUCAUCCGAGGAGCAUCCGGUCAAAAGAACCGGUGAAUCGUGAGGAGGCAGCCAGCUUCUGUUCCAUCUAGCCGCCACCGCCGUUUCUUCUCUCUAGACUGAAUUCUUUGUCUGUCUUCUCGUUCCUCAUCCCGCUCCAGCGCUCCUACUCCCAAAGCACACAUCAUGGCUAGUAAAUAAGUAGCCGAUUUCUUUGACCCACUAUUAAUUUCUCUAUCUCACUUCCCUAUGGUUUUCCCUAUAAAUAUGCCCAUCGAGUGUGCGGCAUCAGGCAACACUUCAUCCGCUAGUCUCUUUGCAAAGAGCGCUGCUACACACACGACAGUGCUCAGCCGAUUCUUGCAUGAUCCUACUAAUCUAACCAUGCAUUCCUAGGACAAACUGAAGUAGAACCGCUGGAUGAAGCAUCGUCCAUCGAUCGGCCAGUUAAGUAUCGUCUGCAUAGUACUUUCGCUUUGCAAAUUGUAAUUUUCUUGGGUCAACAGCUCACAAAGUUCCUGCAAUCUCCCAGUCCUUUUGCGCUUCAUCUUUGUACUGUUUUUUUGGGUUUUCCAGCGAUUCCCUGACCGAUCUUCUCUUCAUUUGAGGAUAUGAGGAUCAUACCAAGAUCUAAUAUGAUUGGGAUUGGAUAGCUGGAUUUCUUCCAUUUCACCUUUGACAAAUUCAGGUGUUCCCGCUCCUUUCCUGUAAAAUUGUUGCCUCAAAAGUAUUUAUCUUGUUUUCUCCGGUGUUAGGAAUCCUAUCCUCAUUGGUAUAUAAGAAUUAAGACUUUGUUGGUUGUUGCCAAGACAAGCAUGUGCAUUCCUGUUUACCCAUGGUGUAUUAUGAGACGUUAUUUGGCACGGUAUGGACGGCGUCCGCGCACAUCAUCACGGCGGUGGUCGGCUCCGGCGUGCUGUCGCUGGCGUGGAGCGUGGCCCAACUCGGCUGGGUCGGCGGGCCGACGGCCAUCGUGUUCUUCGCGGGAGUCACCGUGGUGCAGUCCUCCCUGCUCGCCGAAUGCUACGUUUCUCGAGGAGAUCCGGAGCGUGGCAGCGGCGUCAGGAACAAGUCUUACAUGGACGCCGUGAAGUUUUACCUAGGUGAGAAGAGACAGAUGUUGAGCGGAUUUUUCCUUAGCAUCAGCCUGUUUGGGAGUGGCGUGGUGUACACUCUCACCACAGCCACUAGUAUGAGGGCGAUUCAUGAAGCGAAUCGCUACGGCCGGGAAGGCCGAGGCGCACCGUUCUCCACCGCCGCCGCCGGGGGCUCAGACGUCUACUACAUGCUCCUGUUCGGCCUCGCGCAGGCAGUGCUGUCGCAGAUACCGGACUUCCACAACAUGGCUUGGCUCUCCGUCUUCGCCGCAGUCAUGUCCUUCUUCUACUCCUUCGUCGGCUUCGGCCUCGGCGCCGCCAAGGUGAUCGAGAAUGGGGUGAUCAUGGGGGGAAUCGGAGGCAUUCCCCUGGUAUCCCCGAUGCAGAAGGUGUGGCGCGUCGCACAGUCCCUAGGCGACAUCGCCUUCGCCUACCCUUACACCUUGGUGCUGCUGGAAAUAGAGGACACGCUGAGGUCGCCGCCGGCGGAGAGCAAGACGAUGAAGAAGGCUUCGAGGGCCAGCAUCGCGAUCACCACCUUCUUCUACCUCGGCUGCGGGUGCUUCGGCUACGCGGCGUUCGGCGACGGCACGCCGGGGAACCUCCUCACCGGCUUCGGCGAGCCCUACUGGCUCAUCGACCUCGCCAACCUCUCCGUCGUCCUCCACCUCCUCGGCGGCUACCAGCUGUACAGCCAGCCGGCGUUCGCGCUCGUGGAACGACGCUUCGGAGCCGAGGCCUGGGCCGUCGAGGUGGAGCUGCCGCUGCUCCGCUGGCGGCGCAGCGUCAACGUAUUCAGGCUGUGCUUCCGCACGGCGUACGUUGUGGCCGUGACGGCGAUGGCCGUGUGGUACCCCUACUUCAACCAGGUGGUGGGGCUCAUCGGCGCCUUCACCUUCUGGCCGCUGGACAUCCACUUCCCCGUCGAGAUGUACCUUGCGCAGAACAAGGUGGCGCCGUGGACGACGCGGUGGCUCGCCAUUCAGGCCUUCCGCGCCACCUGCCUGCUCGUCGCCGCCUUCGCCUCGGUUGGCUCCGCCGUGGGGGUGUUCGGCCCCAACAAAGGCUAGCUAGUAGCCUAGUACAUAUGCGGUUCGAUCACUUGACUUUCUUCAGGUGGCAACUCUGGCAACCCUGAUUUUUGCGUAGCUACGAAUGUGUUAAUUUGUUUUAGAAAAACAAAGUAAAUCCUGCCCUAUGAAAAGCAAAAAAUAUACACUUACGAUCUA